AUGGCUAGCAUCGGCACCGGCGGUAGCGGCACUAGCACCAGCCCGCGACGUCAGCGGUACGGCCGUUCUUCGACCUCGAGCGUGACUCAGCUGCUGUCGGACGGCUAUUCUAGCAUCAUCAGCCGGCUGACGAGGCGCGGGCCCUCCGAGAAAAGUGACGCCGGCGUUGAUUCUAAAUUGACCGCCGCCCGAAGCCGAUAUGACGACAAAUUACUGGCAAACAAAAACCCGACACUAUCUAAUGUGCGGCGUUACGAUAACAGCAGACGCGUAUCGCCGUACUCGUCUCUCGCAUCCGGAUUGUCCCUGUCGACGAGGAAGUUAAACGACGAACGGGCAUACUCGAGCUACCUGGCUGCGACCAAGCCCCGGAUCGAUACAUCACCGCUGCAUUCAACCUCCGGUAUUAGCGCUCUCAGCCGCAGUGACUCAUUUCGCAGGGCGCACAUGAAGGACAAUCAAUCUUCGCCGUUCACCAAACGAUACCCACUAAAGGAAGCUAAUAACAAUAAUAUAGACAGUGCGCUUGCGCUUGGCAGCACCCGCAGCCGCUUAGAGGAUAAAUAUUCCUCGGUAUUAGAUAAAAUCGCCACACAGAAAAAGGAAAGAGCUCGAAAAGAAAAGGAGGAUCGUGAUAAGACCUUAGAGCCGGAACCGGUUGUCCCACGGGGCUUGAUGAGAAGCCUAACGACCGCCGUGUUUGGAGAAAAUUCGUUCAAAAGAAACCUCUAUUCCCGCGAAAAAACCAGGGACAAAACACCAUUCAGAAACACGACCGACCGCCGCCUAUCGUCCGGACACAAAUACGCCGAAAAGAACGACUGCAAGAACGGUUUUGACGCGACCACGAAGGACCGCUCGAACUUUGGCAAAGAUAGAGACAGUGUUUACCGUCGACAUCAAAGAAGAUCGCUCCGUGCCGAAAAGAGCGACGAGAGGAAAGGUGGCAAACUCUCGCUCCGUCCGGUCGACAUAAACAUACAGCCGGCGGCACGCGAUCUGAUCUCGCCGCCGCAGCAAACCUUCGGCGCGGACGCGAAGCCCCAAGUGACGCGGACACCGGCCUCGUCGCCUGCCAGGGAGGCGGGCAGGCAGAGGCAGAUCUACUUCCCGUCGAGCGACGAGGACGACGACAAGACCCCGGUGGGGGAUCGAGUGUUGACCGAACGCGAGACCAGGCGCAAGGAGAUCCAGAGUCUAAUCAUGAAGUACGCCCACCUGGACGAGGUGUACGGCCGCAUAGCUGACAGGGAACCGAACGGCGUCGUCGCCAACGCCCCGCACGCGAUCCGCAAACCCGAACCGCUCGGUGUGGGCGACGUGGUGGCCCUCCCGCCUGAGCUACGGGCCCGCCACAGGCCCCAGCGGCCGAGGCACCACAUGCGGCGAGCGGCGACGCCGCCCCAUGUACGGCACACAUACAAUUGUCGCUUGUCUGACGGGCAACCGUUCCAUUGUCUGAUUGUUGGGUACAACACAACUCGGGUCCGUGGCGAUCGCGUGGCGCUCUCCGCACACUCCGUGGCAUGUGGCGUGUGGCGUUUGGCGUGUGUGGUGCGGGUGCGGGCGUGGCGCGCGCGGCGGCGCUGUCUCGGUGGUGGCUGCGGCGGUGGCGGUGGCGGUGGCGGCCCCGUGCAGAGCUCCCGAGCCCGCUCCUCCGUCAAGGACGACAAGGACGGACACCUGGUGUACUGGCCCGGAUAUGUCAUGGGAGCGAGAUAUAAGAUCAUCGACACGCUUGGUGAGGGCACGUUCGGGAAGGUGGUGGAGGUGAAGGACUUGGAGAUGGAGCACAGAAUGGCUCUGAAAAUAAUAAAAAACGUUGAAAAAUACAGAGAGGCUGCAAAACUAGAGAUAAACGUAUUAGAGAAGCUGGCUGAAGUUGACCCGGACUGUAAACAUUUAUGUGUAAAAAUGCUGGACUGGUUUGAAUACCACGGUCACAUGUGCAUCGCAUUUGAAAUGCUCGGACAAAGUGUAUUUGAUUUCUUGAAAGACAACAACUAUCAGCCUUACCCAUUGGAGCAAGUGCGGCAUAUCUCGUACCAGUUGAUAUACAGUGUGCUAUUCCUGCAUGAGAACAAACUCACCCACACAGAUCUCAAGCCCGAGAAUAUUUUAUUUGUAGAUAGUGACUACGAGGUGGUCAGUGUAUAUAAUAGCUCUAAGAAGACACAUGACUUACUGCGCGUUAAGCGCAGCGACGUGCGGCUGAUCGACUUUGGCAGCGCCACCUUCGACCACGAGCACCACAGCACCAUCGUCUCGACGCGCCAUUACCGCGCGCCAGAGGUCAUACUUGAACUGGGCUGGUCUCAGCCGUGCGACGUGUGGUCAAUCGGUUGCAUCAUGUUCGAGCUGCACUUGGGCAUCACACUGUUCCAAACGCACGACAACCGCGAACACCUCGCCAUGAUGGAAAGGAUCCUCGGGCCCAUUCCCUACAGAAUGGCACGGAAAACAAGGACAAAAUACUUUUACCACGGCAAAUUGGACUGGGACGAAAAAUCGUCAGCCGGACGGUACGUCAGAGAAAACUGCAAACCGCUACUGAGGUACAUGCAGAGCAACAGCGAGGAACACCGGCAGCUGUUCGAGCUGAUCGCUCGCAUGCUGGAGUACGAGCCCUCGCAGCGGAUCACGCUGCGUGAGGCCCUCGCGCACCCCUUCUUCGCCAAGCUGCCGCCGCACCAGAGGCUCGGCAAUGACCGGUCCCGGUGCAACGGGGAGAGUUCCCGCGAACGCUCGCACUCGCUGAGCAGG